AUGGGCAAAAAAGCGAAAGGGAAACAUCGUCUGGACAAGUUCUAUUACUUAGCGAAAGAGCAAGGAUUCCGCGCGCGUUCGGCGUUUAAGUUAGUUCAACUGAACAGGAAGUAUGAUUUUUUAUCCAGCGCGAAGGCUUGUUUGGAUUUAUGCGCAGCUCCAGGCGGGUGGCUGCAAGUGGCGCAGAAGUACAUGCCGAUGCAAUCGACCAUCGUUGGGAUCGAUUUAGCUUCGAUAAAACCCAUACGCGGAUGCACGACUUUAGUGGAAGAUAUCACGACACCGAGCUGUCGAGCGGCGAUUAAACGGGUCACGCCGGAUGGUUUGAAGUACGAUUGCGUGUUACACGACGGCGCGCCAAACGUCGGGGGCAACUACGCCAAGGAAGCGUAUUCGCAAGCGGCGCUGACGUUGGACGCGUUGAAAUUGGCGACGGAGUUUUUAACGUUGGACGGUUGGUUCGUGACGAAAGUGUUUCGGUCGCAAGAGUAUCACGCGUUGUUAUACGCGUUUCAGCAGCUGUUUAAGAAGGUGGAGAGCACGAAGCCGGUGGCGUCGAGAGACUCGUCGGCGGAGAUUUUCGUCGUGUGUAAAGGGUACUUGGCGCCGACGAAAAUUGAUCCGAGGUUGUUAAAGGCGGAGUAUUUAUUCGCGAACGUGGAGGAUGGCGGACAAGGUAACAAAGGAGGACAGCAGAACAGGGACGUUUUGAAGGUGGAAAAAGCGAAGCGAAAUCGAAGCGGCUACGAGGACGGGUUACAUUCGCUGUAUAAAGAGACGUACGCGGAGAAUUUUAUCACAAACGAGAAACCGGCGGAGAUGUUAGGGAUGUACCACUGUUUUAUUUUAGACGGUGGGAAAGGAAAGAAAGGAACGAACGUGGUGCCCCCAAAGGAUGGAUUUAUGGAUUUAGACGCGUGCGAGGAGACGAACGAGGAAAUUCGGACGCUCUUUCGAGACUUGGGCGUUUUGAACAAGAGCGAUUUUAAGAUGUUGUUGAAGUGGCGUUUGCAAGUGCGGAAACGGUUAGGUAUGGAGGAUAAGAAGGUGAAACCGAGGACGACGACAAACGCCAACGAGGACGAGGAGGACGAGAAUAAUGAAAAUAAAGCGGCGGUGCCCGAGGACGAAAACGAGCGCUUGCUGAGCGAAAUGGAGGAAUUGCAAGGAAACAUGGACGCGGAGGCGAGAAGGAAAAAGAAAAAGCAGGCUAAAAUGAAACAGAAGGAUAGAAUACGCGCGCAGUUAGGAUUAAAAGGAGACGGCGAAGCCAUCGUGGCGGAGGAAGAUUUAUUCUCUUUGGUUCGAUUGAAAACAAAGGAGGAUGUCGAUACGGUCGCAAACCAAGCCGCUCCGUCUGUGCCGGCUGACUAUUACGAAGACUCUGACUCGGAACUGAACGCGGCUCGCAGAAGACAAAACCAAUACGACUCUGAAGACUCUGACGCAGAAAAUGACGUGGAAAACGACACGUCGCGGCUAGACUCGAGUUUAGACGCUUUGUACAAACAGUACAAAGAAAGGCAAAAGAAGAAAGGCCGGUCGGUUGGAGAAGGCUCGAAAGGAUCCGCGAUGAGACGCGAUAAGAGGGCGACGUUAGAAGGCGAAGGCGAUGGAGAGCUUGGCUCGGAUGAUGACGAAGACGUCGAUGAGAGCGAUGAAAGCGAUAGCGAGGAGACUGGUUUCGAGGAAGACGACGACGCGCCGUUGGAAUGGGAGAAGAACGAAGACGUAGAAGGCGAAGAGAAGAACAGGAAGAAAAAAACGAAGGAGGAUAAAAACAAAAACAAUCUGAUCGUCGAGUUCGACCCGAGCAAAGUGAAACCAAACUCAAAGGCAACCGUCGAUCGAUGGUUUUCCAACGAUCUUUUUUCGGAAAUUGAAAAAACAACCUCCGCAGCGACGAGCGGCAAGGCGGCGGCGGAAAAGAAAAUAACAAAGACAACGAGGGAAGAAGCAAAAGAAGAGAAAAAUAUGAUGAAGAAGAAACAAAAGAAGAACGACAAAGACGAUGUCGUCGUUGAUGAAGACGAAGACGAUUACGAAAGUCUACGGGAACAAGCGAGAGCGAGGAAACUGGAGAAGGCGAAAGAAGCGGCGAAGAUUGCCAAGGAAGGUGAACUGAAAAGUAAAAAACAACAGGAUAAACUCGAUAAGAAGCGAAAGAAAACGAGUGGUGGUAAGAACGGAAAUGGUGACGACACGACGUACGAUUCAGGUUCAGACGAUGUGGACGUCGGACGUAAAAGACGAGCGCUGCGUGCCGAGGCGGCGGCAGAUGAUUUACAUAUUGUUCCCAGAGGAAACGAUGACGAUGCUCGAGAGAACGACGACGACGACGACGACGAUGAUGAUGAUGAUGACGACGACGUAUCUGAUAGAGGCGUGGGAAGAAACGCGAAAGGAAGUCGUCAGCGCGUACGCGCUGAUGGUUCUGAUAGCGAUGAAUCUACAGACGUCGACGAACUCUCGGAUGGCGCCCGAGCCGAAAUCCUCGCCAUUAGCAAAAAAAUGCUUCGAAGAAAACAACGCGAAGAAAUCAUCGAAGACGCGUACAACCGGUACGCAUUUGAGGACGAUCCGAGAGACUUGCCUGAUUGGUUUGUCGACGACGAGCGAAGAUUCAUGAAAGCGGAACCGAUUUACGAUCAGAGCGACUACGAGGAAGCUCUCGCGAGCGUCUCCAUUAAAGUUGACGAACGGUCGAUCAAAAAAGUCGCCGAGGCUAAAUUGCGAAAGAAAAAACGCGCCAAGGAUAAAAUGAGCGAAGCUCGACAACGCGCGGGCGCCAUCAUGGAUCAAGACGAUAUUCCUGACGUUUCGAAAGUUCGAGAAAUUGAAGCAAUUUACGCCAAAGCGAAUAAACUCGCCAACGGCCGCAAAAAGCAAAUCAAGCACGUGGUGGCGAGGAAAAUGCAUAAAGGCAACGCCGGUGGACCGUCCGUAGAUAAGCGCAUGCUCGCCGAUCGACGAGGUCAAAAAGCUGCCAUGAAAAGAGGCGGCGGUGGAAAGGGAGGAAAGAAAGGCACGUCGCCCGGUUCCUCGAUUGGAAAGCCGAAGAAGAGUUCUCUGAGAAAGAAUCGACCUCGGCGGUGA